CAAUACAACGCAAUUAAAGCAGUGCUAUGGUUUUAUUGUUCAAAAUAUUUGUAACAUUAAGAUGAUUGGCCUUUUACCAUUUUUCGUGAUCCUUCUGGUGUCAUCCGGAAUAGAUAGUUCUAAAUUUCACUGCGUUAACAACAAUGAUAUUAUUUCACAUGACCCAAAAACUAAUGAAUUGGAAAUUGGACUACAAAUGACCAAUCGACCUUUACACCAGGUGAUCACGCGUAUAUUCUUCAUGUUUUUAAAAGAUGUGUUAGGUUACAGAAAUGUUCGAAUUGUUCCGAUAAAUACUUAUGAUGCCUGGACGACGUUGGAUUUAGUUAGGCGAGAUAAUCGGUACCCAAAUAUCAGUAUGAUUAAUUUACAAGCUUGGAUGCCAUAUACUUUUGGUGCCUUACCUGAGAAUGUUUUAAAUGCGGGUGCUUCAAUAACGCUUGGUCGGUUUGGCUGGUUUGUACCGAUAUCAAAAGGUACAAAGGACAUGUUACCAUACGAAAGCUUACAUUACGAAAUCUUUCAACAUGUCAACAAUACGUAUUAUGAUCUCUAUAUAAUGGAAGAUAGUGUACUAAAUGAACUUCUACAAAUUAGCAGGUAUAUAGAAAUCCGAACUGCGAUGGAUACAAAUGUGUAACAAUAUUAGCAGAGUUCAGAAACGAUUCUAGUUUUGUGGAGGAUCAGUUGGAUGAAACUGAA